AUGCCAAAACUAGAAAAACAUAAAAAAGAAAAUGAAUAUUCCAUCGAUAAAUGUCGAAUCUCAAAUUAUUCGAAUCGAUUGAUAGGCAACUUAUGCUACAUAGAUUCGCAAAUUCUGAAACUACGAAACUCCACUUAUAAUCCAUCGAGUUUUCCGAGUUUUGAACAACUUCUGCAUGCUCCAAGUGUAUUACAUUUGGCGGGGAAAUAUGGGGUGAGUUUAUUGAUUUCUGAACAAGCAAAUAAUUAAAUUAAUGGAUGCUUUCAGCCAAUGUCAGGUUGGCCUUUGACAAUCCAAGAAUUUGGAGAAAAACAACAACAAUUGAAUAUAACUUGCUGUACAGAAGAUUCCGUAAGUAUUUCAAAUCUGUCAGUUAACACGUGAGUUUUCGGAUAAAAAAUUCAAAAAUUGUUCAUAAAUCAAAAAUAUGUGCUUGCAGAAAACAUUGGCUGAAGUUUGAUAUAAUGCUAUCGAUUGAAUUUUUGAAGACUCUAGACUUUUUUCAAUAUUUGAAGCAUAGCGAUCAAAUUGUUUUGGCUAAAAAAUCAACAAUAAUUAUCGAAUCAAUGAUUUUUGCGUAUACCUCGUUUCAAAAUAAAUCGGCCUGUUUCAAAAGUCCUGAUGGAUUUUACAUUGAUAUCCAGAACAUGUUAGUUUCGAAAAAAAAUAUUUUUAUUUUCGAAUUUUUUUUUCAGGAUCGAUAUUAUUGAUGUUUUCACAGAAGGAAAUAUUCGGUGAGAUUUAUUUUUUUCAUAGGAAAAACAUCUAUAAAAUGUUACGUUUCAGAAAAAAUGAAAAUGUUCUGCGAGAUCAUUUAAAAUCUUCGCAAAACGUUAUGGGAUAUCUAAUUCAAGAAAAUGUCACCAAAAAGGAAUUUAUUUUAUUGCAAACUAUUGCAAUUUGUGAUCCAAUUGUAGAUUUGUCAGAAGAAGGAAGAGAAAUAAUUCGCAAAAAUCGUCAAAAAUAUUCGAGAAUUCUAUUGGACCUCUGCCUAUUGGAAUAUGGCAAAAGAAACGGGCCAUCGAGAUUUGUGACACUUAUAAGCUUUAUUAAUUUGAUUAUUUUUUAUCGAGAUACAUUUCGAAAUUUCAUGUUAUUUUCAAAAAUCAAUACACCAUCUAAAUUUUCAAAAACAAUUGGUCCUUUGGAAAACGCAGUGCUUGAAUUGUAUUAA